CUCAAGUGUUUUUGUUGCUCCAGUUUUUCUGCGCUGAAGGCUGCUUAUCAUUCUUCUACAAAUUAUUUGUCUCAUUCACCAUCUCCAUUGUACAUUUCCAUAAUCCAUCCUUUUUAAUAAUCUUCUUUACCAUUUCAUCUAUUUCCAUUUGCACUUGUCCUUACCCAUCCCUUUCUCUCUGAACUCUUUCUUCUCAUCAUCUCGGUCUCAUCUCCACUUCACUGCCUGUCUGUUCUUUUGUUUUUAUGUUUUUUCUUCAAUGGAGGCUGAGGCACUUUACAGUUUCAGAGCGACUGAAUGUGAUGAGCUCAGUUUCCAGAAGGGUGACAUCUUGAAGGUGACAAACAUGGACGAUGAUCCGAACUGGUACACGGCUGAGCUGUUUGGUAGGCGGGGCUAUGUACCGAAGAACUAUAUCAAUGUAAGACCUCACACGUGGUUUGUGGGCGGAAUUUCACGGCAGGCUGCAGAAAACCGUCUGAGACCGCUGGAGUGUGGAGCGUUUCUCAUUAGGGAGAGCGAGAGCACACCAGGAGAAUUCUCUGUGUCUGUCAGUUACGGGGACCAUGUGCAGCACUUUAAGGUUUUGAAAGAUGGACUAGGGCAGUUCUUCAUAUGGGAUGAAGUCUUCAGCUCCCUCAACCAGCUGGUGGACUUCUACAAAAUCAACAGCAUUGCCAAAGAGAGAACCGUCUUCCUGAAAGAGCCUGAGGGAUCUUUAGCUAGGCCACGUCAUGCCCAUGCCCUCUUUGACUUCACAUCGAAUCAUGCGACUCAUCUACGUUUCUUGCGCGGUGAUGUCAUUGACCUGCUCGACUGUUCGGAUGCUCAGUGCUGGAGGGGGCGGUGCCGUGGAAGAGUGGGCGUAUUUCCACCAGAGUAUGUGCAGCCAAUUUAUCACUGAAUUUCAGCUAUGCGUGUCACCAUCCUGUGCAGUUAAACUCAUUGGAUGAGAGCCCAAGACAUAUUCCUCAGUAACACAUGUUCUUCAUAAAUCUGAAGGUAAACUAAGCCUUAUUCAUCAAUGUUUGGUGUAUCAGGUGAUUAAGGUUUUUAAGCUUUGAAUUUAACCUUAUGUGUCAAAGGUCAACCUUUGCCCAUCACCUUCUUUGUUGAUCACUUUCAGAAUUCAAAUUAGAAAUCAGUUAUAACUUGCCAACAAACCAGUUUUGUAACACCUUUAAUGAACAUAACAAUUGACUAUUCAGUGUUAUCUGAGCUUCCUGUCUAUUCUUCUUUCAAAUAUUUUAAAGUCCUUUUAAAUAAAGGUAUGGCAUUAGAAUGGGAGUAUCAACCUUGCAUAAUUUCUUUUUACUGCACUUAAUGUUUUAUAUUGAUAGUGCAUUAUCAUGUCAUUUUCUUUUCAAGUGAAUAUUUUUCUUUUAUUCAAUAUAAAGUUCUAUACAUGGUAAAUGUUAUAUUUAUUUUCUAUAUAUAUAUAUUUAUUUUUUCUUUAUUGUGCUUAUGUCAUAAAAAUACUUUUGAGAAUUACUAAUGACAAUUUUUGUGAUUUAAAAAAUGUAUUUGUUUCUGUGAAAAUACUUUCUCCAGUCCCAGAUUAAUAUGCAGAGACAACUUUAAAUAAUUUGGAUGUUGAUUUCUCUGUAAACACUGUGGCUUUGUGGUGCUAUCAAAACAUUUGCUCAACCAAUGAUGAGAGUUUGGGGUGGGGCUAUCAUUUUGAACAUCCAGUGGCAGAUUCCUGUCCUGUCCAGGAUGCCUGUCACAUUUAUUUUUCUAAUUCUGUUUAAUGCCACAGAAAUUACACACUUGACCUUUUUUUCGUUUAUUUGAUUUUUCAUUUUUUUACUGUAAUGUUGAAAUAAUUACCGUAAUUAAUUUAAUUUAGACCUCUAGUAAUUAUAAUAAAUUGCUCAUUUAAUUUUCUAAACAAUAAUUUAACAAAUCGUUUAAAAAACAGAAAAUGUAUGUUGUUAAAUACAGAGGUGAU